AGGAAUUUCACACAGAGAGCAGAAGCAGCCAAGAAGCUGGGAGCAGGGAUCCAAAAUAAAAGAGCAGAUGUCUGGCACAGCGGCGGACAUCUCGCUGGUGCACUGGAGACAGCAGUGGCUGGAGAAUGGCACCUUGUACUUCCACGUCUCCAUGAGCAGCUCCGGGCAGCUGGCCCAAGCCACCGCCCCCACUCUCCAGGAGCCCUCGGAGAUUGUUGAGGAGCAGAUGCACAUCCUCCACAUUUCUGUGAUGGGUGGCCUCAUCGCGCUGCUGCUGCUGCUGCUGGUGUUCACCGUGGCGCUGUAUGCCCAGCGACGUUGGCAGAAGCGUCGCCGCAUCCCCCAGAAGAGCGCAAGCACAGAAGCCACUCAUGAGAUCCACUACAUCCCAUCUGUGCUGCUGGGUCCCCAGGCGCGGGAGAGCUUCCGUUCCUCCCGGCUGCAAACCCACAAUUCCGUCAUCGGCGUGCCCAUCCGGGAGACUCCCAUCCUGGAUGACUAUGACUGUGAGGAGGACGAGGAGCCACCUAGGCGGGCCAACCAUGUCUCCCGCGAGGACGAAUUUGGCAGCCAAGUGACCCACACUCUGGAUAGUCUGGGACGUCCAGGGGAAGAGAAGGUGGACUUUGAGAAGAAAGCAGCAGCUGAGGUGACUCAGGAGACAGUGGAGUCCCUGAUGCAGAAGUUCAAGGAGAGUUUCCGCGCUAACACGCCCAUCGAGAUCGGUCAGCUGCAACCAGCCCUGCGCAGCACGUCGGCAGGAAAGAGGAAGCGGAGGAGCAAGUCUCGAGGGGGAAUCAGCUUUGGGAGAGCCAAGGGGACGUCGGGCUCUGAGGCAGACGAUGAAACGCAACUGACGUUCUACACAGAGCAGUACCGCAGUCGUCGCCGCAGCAAAGGUUUGCUGAAAAGCCCAGUGAACAAGACAGCCCUGACACUGAUUGCUGUGAGCUCCUGCAUCCUGGCCAUGGUGUGUGGCAGCCAGAUGUCUUGUCCACUCACUGUGAAGGUGACUCUGCAUGUGCCCGAGCACUUCAUAGCAGAUGGAAGCAGCUUCGUGGUGAGUGAAGGGAGCUACCUGGACAUCUCCGACUGGUUAAACCCGGCCAAGCUUUCCCUGUAUUACCAGAUCAAUGCCACCUCCCCAUGGGUGAGGGACCUCUGUGGACAAAGGACGACAGAUGCCUGUGAGCAGCUCUGCGACCCAGAGACCGGAGAGUGCAGCUGCUAUGAAGGCUAUGCCCCUGACCCUGUUCACAGACACCUGUGUGUGCGCAGUGACUGGGGACAGAGUGAAGGACCUUGGCCCUACACAACACUUGAGAGGGGCUAUGAUCUGGUGACAGGGGAGCAAGCCCCUGAAAAGAUUCUCAGGUCUACUUUCAGCUUGGGCCAAGGCCUCUGGCUUCCUGUCAGCAAAAGCUUUGUGGUUCCGCCGGUGGAGCUGUCCAUCAACCCUCUGGCCAGCUGCAAGACCGAUGUGCUCGUCACGGAAGACCCUGCAGACGUCAGGGAAGAAGCGAUGCUGUCCACAUACUUUGAAACCAUCAAUGACCUGCUGUCCUCCUUCGGGCCAGUUCGUGACUGCUCUCGGAACAAUGGGGGCUGCACUCGCAACUUCAAGUGUGUAUCUGACCGGCAGGUGGACUCCUCAGGAUGUGUGUGCCCCGAGGAGCUGAAACCCAUGAAGGAUGGCUCCGGCUGCUACGACCACUCCAAAGGCAUUGACUGCUCUGAUGGUUUUAAUGGCGGCUGUGAGCAGCUGUGCCUGCAGCAGACGCUGCCUCUGCCCUACGAUGCCACUUCAAGCACCAUCUUCAUGUUCUGCGGUUGCGUGGAGGAGUACAAACUGGCUCCUGAUGGAAAAUCCUGCUUAAUGCUCUCAGAUGUCUGCGAGGGCCCCAAGUGCCUCAAACCUGACUCCAAAUUCAAUGAUACCCUCUUUGGAGAAAUGCUACAUGGUUACAACAACCGGACCCAGCAUGUGAACCAAGGCCAAGUCUUCCAGAUGACCUUUAGGGAGAACAACUUCAUCAAGGACUUUCCCCAGCUGGCCGACGGGCUGUUGGUGAUCCCGCUGCCGGUGGAGGAGCAGUGCCGGGGGGUCCUCUCCGAGCCCCUCCCGGACCUCCAACUGCUCACUGGAGAUAUCAGGUAUGACGAGGCCAUGGGUUACCCCAUGGUGCAGCAGUGGCGGGUCCGGAGCAACCUCUACCGUGUGAAACUCAGCACCAUCACCCUCUCAGCAGGCUUCACUAACGUUCUCAAGAUCCUGACCAAGGAGAGCAGUCGGGAGGAGCUGCUGUCCUUCAUCCAGCACUAUGGCUCCCACUACAUCGCAGAGGCCCUUUAUGGCUCAGAGCUCACCUGCAUCAUCCACUUUCCCAGCAAGAAGGUCCAGCAGCAGCUGUGGCUCCAGUAUCAGAAAGAGACCACAGAGCUGGGCAGCAAGAAGGAGCUCAAGUCCAUGCCCUUCAUCACCUACCUCUCAGGUUUGCUGACAGCCCAGAUGCUGUCAGAUGACCAGCUCAUUUCAGGUGUGGAGAUUCGCUGUGAAGAGAAGGGGCGCUGUCCAUCUACCUGUCACCUUUGCCGCCGGCCAGGCAAGGAGCAGCUGAGCCCCACACCAGUGCUGCUGGAAAUCAACCGUGUGGUGCCACUUUAUACCCUCAUCCAAGACAACGGCACAAAGGAGGCCUUCAAGAGUGCACUGAUGAGUUCUUACUGGUGCUCAGGGAAAGGAGAUGUGAUCGAUGACUGGUGCAGGUGUGACCUCAGCGCCUUUGAUGCCAGUGGGCUCCCCAACUGCAGCCCCCUGCCGCAGCCGGUGCUGCGGCUGUCCCCAACAGUGGAGCCCUCCAGUACUGUGGUCUCCUUGGAGUGGGUGGAUGUUCAGCCAGCUAUUGGGACCAAGGUUUCCGACUAUAUUCUGCAGCAUAAGAAAGUGGAUGAAUACACAGACACUGACCUGUACACAGGUAGGUACAUGAGUUCCCAUUUUCUUGGGAUAGUAUGA